AUGAGCGCCUCGCAACCCCCCGAUCCCAGCGCCACUCCACCAAAGCGCGAUCCCGCGAGGGCUCACGACGUCGAGGUCGAACCCUCGCCCACGUCGACGGCACCCGCCACAGCUAUUCCAUCGUCUACGACGCGGACUGCGGAAUGGCGCGGCUUCACCUUCGCCUGGGAUAAACCCGCAGGCGCUGAGUGGCCGAGCGCUCUUGACGUGCGUGCUACUCGUCGCGUGUUCAAGGAGCUGUACGAGCGCGCGCCCCUCGCGCUCACGGCCUACCUGGCAUCCAUGCUAAUAAUGGCUGCGGCUCGGGGCGCUGCGCUUUUCCUCGUCGCCAUGCUUGUGCUCGGAGAGAACGUUGGUGGCGCUGGCGGCGAACAGAUGCGAGAGUUCGUGGCGCUAGCGCUCGCUCUGGUUGUUGGCGUGCACACCGUCGCACGUAUCUUAUUUAAGCGCAGGCUUUCGAUGGACCUCGGCGACACCCUCCAGGCGGCGUUGACGCCCCGGUUGGUAAAGGCAUGCUUAGGUGAAGGUUUGGACCCCGAAGAGUUGUCGGAGCAGUCCCAGUGCGUGAGAGAGAUGCUUCGCUUCGGUGAGUCCGCUCCCGUCAUGGAGCGGCUCGAUGAACUCGUCGUGCGCGCACGCGACGCACUUGCCCUCGUCAUUGUCUUUUCAGUCUUGGCCUACGUUGUCGCGAGCGUAGAUGAAGCGGAGCGCACAGUGCUGCUCAUCGUCGUCUCCAUCUAUGCUUUGGUGCGGAUCAUCACUCCUUUCGAUAAGUUCGGAGGCGCAGGCUUUACGUUCUGGCCUAGCCGUCCUAGCUAUCUACGCCUGCGCGCUCUGCACAACAUCGCUUUCAACUACUCUCACCGCCAAGUCGCGGAUAGGCAUGGGGCUGCGGAUGCUCUAGUCGAGGAGUACGCUGAUAUCUGCAAUGGCCUGGGGCGAAUUCCGGGGCAGAUCACCCGCAUGGCCAACAAGGGCGUUCGGCGCUCAUUCUUCUGGGACGUUCUUUGUGCCUUCUCCGUCAAGCAACCCAUGGUCCUUGCUUCCCUUGCAGUCUACGUCGCGGCCCCGCGCCGGUCGAUUGGAAUCCUAGCCUUCGUCCAGUAUCUGGUCUACACGCUCAAUAAGGUGCUGAAGCAUGGCCUGAAGUCUGAGAGUGUGACGAGCAUCAUGAAAGAGAUUCGCGAACUAUACGACCUCCUGGACUGGGUCGAGACUGACAAACGCAGGCCAGCAUGCGCGACUGUGACGCUUGAUUCGCUUGAACCGCAAGGCAUGCGCAUCGAACUUCGGGACGUGAGUGUCGAUGAUAGGAAUGAAUACCAAGAUGUGGACGGACUGUCUGUGGAUAUAAAGCCCGGUCAGGUGGUGCUACUCACUGGUACACACGGGAGCGGCAAGUCGACGCUCCUUGACGCCAUCCUCGGGCUCGAGCCGAUCUACAACGGCGACAUCUCCAUCAAUGGCCGUCCCCUCCUCGAACACAACCUUGUCGAGCUUCGUCGCCACACGGCAUACUUCACCGCGAACAACGCUCUCCUCCCGCUCUCCCUCCGCGACAACGUGCUUCUGGGAAUCGACGCCAGCCCCGACCUUCGGGACGAGAUCGCUUCGAGGGCAAUCGCGCUCGCCGGCCUUGACCUGCCACUUGACGCUGUUAUGGAAGACGUUGACAGGUUGGACUCGAGCAUGGAUGCCCCCAUCGGACAGGGUGCGCGCGACAUGUGCGCGAUGCACGCGGUUGAAUGCGACGCUAGGGUCUCUUCGGGUGAUAGUCAGCGCGUUGGUAUCGCGCGCGGGUUCGCUAGGCUGCUUGCAGCAAGUGCUCGGCUCGUUCUCGUCGACGAAAGCGCUACAGAUGGCCCUGAGGUGGAUUCCCUUGUUGAACAUGUUCUCGAGAAUCGCGACGGGGAGACUGUGAUCAUCGCUACCGAGUAUCCGGCGCCAUUGAGUGUGCACGCGGACCUCAUCGUCUGCAUGGACAAGGGCCGGAUUGUGCAGCAAGGAAAGCACGAGGACCUCAUUUCCGACAAGGAGGGCAUGUACGCGAAGCUUUGCGAUGAUCAGUAA